AUGGCUGGAAAAGACAGUGUAAAAGUGGCCGUGAGAGUCCGACCCUUCAGCAAGAGAGAGCGUGAUGCUGGGAGCCGCUGUAUUAUCACUAUGAGCAGUAACAGUGUCAGUAUCGAGGAGCCUCGCAGUCAACAUCACCGCUCCUUCACCUUCCACUUCACUUUCUGGUCUCACAGCGGCUUCAUGAAGAACUCAGACGGACUGUUAGUGCCUGAGGAUGAGGGGGGACGCUACGCUGACCAGGCAUGUGUGUUUGCCGGAGUGGGGCAGGGGAUUCUGGAUAAUGCUCUGCAAGGCUACAAUGCCACGCUGCUGGCAUACGGUCAGACAGGUUCAGGGAAAAGUUACUCCAUGAUGGGCUUCGGAGCCAACAAGGGCCUCGUCCCAAAACUGUGUCACUCACUCUUCACCUACAUCACAGCCAAUCAGGACAGAUGCCAGUGCCAGGUUUUCUUCAGCAUGUUAGAAAUCUAUAACGAACAGGUGAUCGAUCUGUUGUCCAGGUCAAAUCGUUCAGCUGGUGGUCUGCGUGUGCGUGAGGAUCAGCAGCGUGGUUUUUACGUGGAGGGUCUGCGCAGGGUGGCGUGUGACAGUGCUGCACAGGUGGAGCAGCUGAUGGAGCAGGGAACUCGCACACGCACCACCGCCGCCACACAUCUGAACGCCAACAGCAGCCGCUCACACAUGCUCAUCAUCAUACAGCUCAAACAGAUUUUCUCAAAGGAAUGCAUCACAAAACAGUCCAACAUUAACCUGGUUGACCUGGCAGGAAGUGAAAGGCAAAGGACAUCAGGGUCAGAGGUCGAUCGUCUUAAAGAGGGAACGGCCAUUAAUCUCAGUCUCACCACUCUGGGGAACGUGAUCAGUGCCCUAGCAGAAGUGGCGUUGGGGAAGAAAGCGGUGUAUAUUCCCUACAGAGACUCCAUCCUCACUAAACUCCUGCAGUCCGCUCUGGGAGGGAACAGCCGCACUGUCAUGAUUGCGACUCUCAGUCCAGCUGAUAUCUGCUAUGAGGAGUCACUCUCCACUCUGCGCUAUGCAGAACGAGCCAAGCGGAUCCAGAACAAGGCUGUGGUGAACGAGGGCCCAACAGAGAGACUGGUUAAAGAACUGAAAGCUGAAAAUGCUAAACUGUUGCUGAAGCUCAGUAAACUGGACCAGAAUGGGAGACGAUCGGAUCAGGAAAUGAAAGAUCUUCGGCGUUUGUUGACUCACAAUGAGCUGCAGAUCCGAGCAAUUCAGACUCUGUGGGAGCAGCACCUUCAGGAAGCUCUGAAAGACUGGGAGACCCAGUACACCACCAUCACACAGGAGCGAAGGAUGAUGCAGAUGUUUCCCUACAUGCUGAACAUUAAUGAAGAUGCGCAGCUCUCUGGAGUCAUCAAGCUCUUCAUUCAGGAGGGUGAGUGGGAUGUGGGUUUAGCAGACGCCUCUCCCAGAGCCAUCUCCAUCAGAGGACUGGGUAUUCAGGAACGACAUGCCAUCUUCUCCAAUCAGCAGCAUCGAGUAACGGUCACACCAUUGUUGAGGUCAAAGGUCACAGUUAAUGGCACAUCCAUAUCUCAAACAACAGAGCUGCAGCAUUUGGACAGAGUGAUUCUGGGCUCCAACAGUACAUUCCUGUUUAUCGGUUUCCCCUCGGAGCGAGUCGGUGAUGACUGGAGUCGUUAUGAUUAUGAUUAUUUUCAGUCUGAACUGGCAGCAGCGGCGGGAGUUCACCUGCACACACUGUGUGACACACCUGGGCAGAGGUCUCUACAGCCCAACCCCAGUCUCCUAGCUGCCUUUUAUGACUACAUCAAACUGAUGCCGAUGGUGACGGAGGCGAACCAGAUGAGUCAGGAACUGAACAAGGGGGUGGAGUUUAAGCUGGAGAUUAAGAACCUGGCGAUGUCCGACUCUAAAGGUCACGACCUGGAGAAGGAGAUUGUGAUCAGAGUGACGAAUGCGCAGAGCAAACAGGUGUGGUUGUGGUCCAAAGCAAAGUUCAUUAACCGUAAGUUCCUGAUGGAGGAGGUGUACCAACAGGGGGCAUUGCUGCCUGCCCUACCCCAGGAAAAAGACCCCUUCUGGGACCCAGUGGAGCCUCUACACCUGGGCAGUGCUCACCUGUGGCUUCACUCACUGGCGUUCCGCAUUGCUGUGGAUGAGCAGGUGGAAGUUGUGGGGCCCGAGGGCACUGAGGAGGCCAUGCUGUAUGCACGCCUAGUGCCUUGCAGUCCCAAGGGAUUGCCCUUGGGAGAGGAUGAUAUCUUGGUCGACCCCACAGAACUGCUUGGAAAGAGGCUGGAUUUCCAGCUGAUUCUGGAUCAGUGCUGUGGGCUGCGCUGGGUCAAAGAGGCCCAAACUCGUGGCAUCCAGAUCGGGUUCCAGGUGUUUGACUGCACAGAGCUGCUCUACACUCAGGCGGUGUGGCAGUGUAUGAACCCACAGCUGGAUUACUGCAUCCAGUUCACAGCCCUGAACACGUCACACACACUGCUCACCUACCUGCAGAGUAAUGCUGUGGUCCUGCAGUUGUGGGGUCUCCAGGAGGGAUGUUCUGACAUGACAUCAUGUCUGCAGAGUGUGAGGAAAACUCCGGAAAACAACAUCCUCAUCGACACAGCCGAGGACUCGGAGCACACUAGUGUGGAUAGCUCAGUGUCAGAUCAGAGUGUGUGUCUGCGAGUUCUACAUGAGGCUCUGGAGCAGCUGAAGAACACCAACGCAGCACUGAAGAAAGAGAAUGACACAUUGAGAGAACAGCUCAACACACACACACGACACGGUGUGGAGUGUGCUCAAGGGCACAGAGGACGUGUAAAGUCCAGCUGUGACGCUGAAUUCGCUCGAGCGCUGAAAGUGUUUUACCACAGCAUGACGUCGGUUAGAGCUCAGCUGCAGCAACUGCGCAGACACAGACCCAGUGAGGAGGAGGACCUGCAGGGUCUGAGAUUCUUCGUGGAUGAACACACACACCUGCUGAAAGAGUUCAGUGAGCAGUUGGAGCAGUGUGUGUGUGCACUGAAGCAGGACGUGGCAGCCAUUGUUCGCAAGAAGAGAGAAAAAUCCGCAGUUGGGUUUUAAUGAACACACACACUAGAGGUGUGAUACGUAGUGAACAUUAACUCACCUGAGCCUCGCAAUCCAACUGUUUAUUAACGAACACAGAGAGAGGAGUGAGAAGAAUGAUCCAAGGGCGGAGCUAAGGCAAGUGUGGACCAGUCAGUAUGUCUGAUUACACAGAGUAACAUAUUCACUGUGCGAUCUCUACAGCUCUGAGCCAAUCUCAACACACUUUACUUACCUGUGACUUUCCAUUACAAAACCAGUCACAUGGGUUAAAUUUUCAAAAUUGUGUUUUCAUGAGGGGCGGCACGGUGGUGUAGUGGUUAGCGCUGUCGCCUCACAGCAAGAAGGUCCGGGUUCGAGCCCCGUGGCUGGCGAGGGCCUUUCUGUGUGGAGUUUGCAUGUUCUCCCCGUGUCCGCGUGGGUUUCCUCCG